CUAUGUAUCACAACAAUGAAGCGAAAUGCAGUCCAACACAUUACAAAUGGUUGAGGCAGCUUCAGGGAAACCCCAGACAGUAUUAUAAAAUAUCAUCCUUAGAUUGACUUCCCUCUUGUUUCAAGUUUCUUGUUCAGUUGUGUAGUAUUCAACACCGAAGAACGAUGUCAUUGCUAUCAGCAUUUUUACUGUUUUGCGUGAUCAACACUGCCCAAUAUGCCGGUGCUGAACUUCUAGGCAAUCAAACAGUUCGAGAUAUCCUUGCGAAAAACAAAUGCUUGUGUCGAUGCGACGCAAUCGACGAUGGUUCGAAAAAUUAUUUGAUUCCUUUUGAUGACGGAACGUGGUUCGAAGCCAUUUCAUACUGCCACGAGCAGGGAAUGUCGCUGGCACAAAUUCGUGAUCGGCGUGACCACCAGGAUCUGGAAGAAUGGCUUCGAGACAAUGGUGAUGGACCAUCAGAGAGCUACUGGAUCGGCGGCAAUGAUUUGGCGAAGCCAGGAAUUUUCUACUGGGGUUUAACUGGAAAAGAGAUACGAUACAAACAAUGGGCAUCCGGAGAGCCGAACAUGGCAGUGAUGCGUGGUGAAAAAGAGCAUUGUGUGGAACUCCGAGCGGAUACAAUGAAAUGGAAUGAUUCAGUAUGUUCUAAGAGAUUGAAAUUCGUGUGCGAACGGUUCAAUUGAGAAAUUAAUGUUUUAUUGCUUUGGAAAAUAAAUUCUUACUACUAAUAUUGACUCACAUACUCACAAA